UUAUCUUUUGUAGAUAUGGAGCUGGAGCUACCCAAACGAUUGUAUGCAGAGGGUUCAGAACCUCGGGUUAAGAAGAUCAACAACAGUUGCCGCAUGGAACUUAUCAGAGAUCUGAAGAAAGCUAUGUGUGCAGAGUACGAUGAUGUGAAGAGAGAUCCUGUUUUCACACAUAUCAUGGCUAUUGCCGAAAAUGAUCUCAAGUUCUCCGGGAAACUAGGGGAUAGCUUCAUAUGUAGGCAGCUGAUUACCUCAAAGCUGCAUGAGAAGUGGUUUGUUUUUGCGAGGACGCCUCUCCGGUUUUCGCUUCAGGAGUACCAUGCCGUGACAGGCCUCAAGAUUACACGGGAAACUAACAGUGACGUAUUGAAAUGGAAAAACGACGGGGUUUUUUGGAGUAACCUACUGCACACAGGUGGUAAGAUCACCUUGCAGUCGAUCAGAAAGGUUCAUCCACAAGAAGUUCACACCUGGACUCGGCUUGAUAGGAUGAGGUUGAUCUACUUGUGUGUAAUAGUGGGUGUGGUGAUGGGGAGAGAUGAGAAGGUGUCCAUCCCUCAUAUGUACAUCAAGUUGAUGAUGGAUUUUGACAAGGUUCGGAAGUUCCAUUGGGGUUUUCACUCGUAUGAUUUCCUGCUGAGUUCGAUUGAGAAGGCUAGGAAGAAGUUGGGUAAGAACGAGAGCUACAUUUUCGAGGGUUUCUCCUAUGCUCUCCAGAUUUGGAUUAUGGAGGCAAUUCCUGAUUUUGGAGAAAUUUUAGGCAGAAGAGUCUCAGACAGCUUCAAAGGUCCAAGGUGUGGCAAUUGGAAAGGAGUUGCAAAAGUUUCUUAUGAAGACAUCAUUGAGCUCGAGGACUCCUUAACUAAGAAGGAUAACUUCUUCUCGGUCAUAUCAGUGACUGGUAAUGGUGAUGUGUUUCUAGAUGCUCAGUACACAAGGAAGGGUGAGAUGGAAGAUGAACGAGUGGACCUUGUUUUGGAGAGGAUCAGGAACAAGUAUGAUUGGAGCAGCACAGACUGGCCAGUUUUAGACCCUGAAGAGACUAAAAUGGAGGAAUCCGACAGCCAUGAUAGAGGGUCAGAAGCUGAUAAGAGCGUGGAUCAUACGGAUGUUGUAGCAGACGAGGAGACCUCUUCGGUUAAGGUUGCAGGAAAAGGCAAGAGAAAGUUUCUUGAUGAAGGAGCAGAGACAAGAAAGAAGAAGGUGCUGUGUAAGCGAUCAGCAGAAAAGUAUCUGACUUUUGGUCCUGAAACUAAGAGUUUCAUUGAGGGUCUUAUCCGCACAUCUGUCACUUCAUUGGGAGAUGUGCUCAGUAUGCAAAUGGCGAAUAUGGAAAGGGUGUUUACAGAGAGGAUGGGGAAGAUGGAGAUUGAGGUUUCACAGCUCAGGGACGCAAUCAGUUUGACUGGUGAAGGAAGCUAUCCUAGUAAGAAAGAAACUGAAGAAGCUCCACUGAACAGCAAAGCUAAGCAAGCUCCACCUAAGAGCAAAGGUGGUCAAGCUCCACCUAAGAGCAAAGGCGCUCAAGCUCCACCUAAGCGCAAAGGCGAUCAACCUACUCCAACAAAAAAUGUACUACCUAAGAGAAAGUGUAGAACUUGAUGAACCUGGAACUAGGAUGCUUGAGUUAGGGUGCUGGAGCUAGGCUUUUGGAACUUCAUAUUGACUGUGUAAUAUUAUGUAAUAUGGAAUGUGAAACUUUGUGUAAUAGGUUUCUAAAGUGUAAUAUGUUUGAAUGUUUGUGUAUUAAACUCUAUGAAUGUAAUGCUUUGUUUGUGUUAUGAAUAAAUGGCCUCUUCUUAUAUGCAAUGUUUUAAAUUUUAAUGAAUAGGACGGGAAAAAGAUUGCUACAGAAACUAAUGAUUUUGAUUUUGGAUUGAGUACACAAGACUUGCGGGACCUGUCUCAAGCUACAUUUGUUGAGGGUUUUGAUCUGUCUCAAGUGAAAGUUGAGACGUCAAGUAAAUCGAAACCGUUUAACAUGGCUCCACUGCAGUGGAAUGAUGAGGAAAAGAUCGAACCAAAGAAGACUCGCCAGAUGCCGCGUUGGUGUUUUUCCGUGAAGAGGAUUGGGAAAAAGUUAGAACUUGGUCAACUUCCUCCACGAGAUUGACGCUGCAAUGUACGUAUUCCGGGAGAGAACAUCUUUGAAACGAUGGAGACCUCAUCGUGUCGCCUUCAUGACUGUCGUCUUCAGCAAUAUGAUUAAAAAAGAGUAUGGUCAUUUAGAAGCUCAGGGUAGAAAGAGCUACAUGCUUCAUAAUUUGCUACUGCAGUAUGGUAAAUGAGUC